GUUUUGGCUUUGUGCGGUAGUGUGGAGUGUGGACCCGGCUUUAUACUUGCGCCAUUCUACAAACAAAAAUAGGGUGUUAUCUUGUUAUUUUUUCUGUAACCGCCCACGUCAUAAUAUUUAUGCCCAUAUCUCAUUAAAACAUUUCAAAUCUUAAAACAUUACUCUUCCAUUAUCUAUUUGAACUAGGUGUAAAAAUCGAAUUUGAAAUUUUCUACAACAAUGGCCAACCCGAAUGUAAAAGUUCAAUACAAUCAGAUAUUUAUUAACAAUACAUUUGUAAACUCCAUAAGUGGAAAAACAUUUGUCACACUAAAUCCAGCCAAUAAGCUGAAAAUCGCUGAUGUUGCUGAAGGAGAUAAGGCUGAUGUUGACCUCGCUGUUAAAGCAGCAAGGACUGCAUUCCAAAUUGGAUCAAAAUGGCGCACAAUGGAUGCAUCUGCUCGAGGUCUGUUGAUGACGAAGCUAGCCGAUCUAAUAGAUGAACACAAAGUCACAUUAGCCAAUUUAGAAUCUUUGGACAAUGGAAAACCGUAUGAUGACUCUCUGUUGGACAUUAGCGCGGCUGUUGGGACAUUAAAAUAUUACGCAGGAUUUGCGGACAAAAUUCAUGGCAAAACAAUACCAGCCGACGGGCCAUACUUGUCUUUUACAAAACCACAGCCUAUCGGGGUUGUCGGCCAAAUCAUUCCUUGGAAUUAUCCUAUUUUAAUGCUCACUUGGAAAUGGGGACCGGCACUCGCUACAGGGUGUACUAUAGUACUGAAGCCAGCCGAACAGACUCCUCUUACUGCUCUAUACGUGGCUGCGCUUUCAAAAGAAGCUGGAUUUCCUGAGGGCGUCAUUAAUGUUGUACCGGGAUAUGGGCCGACUGCUGGUCAAGCUAUAGCGAGUCAUCAAGACAUCAAUAAAGUGGCAUUUACAGGAUCUACAGAAGUGGGUAAAAUUGUUAUGGAAGAAGCUGCUAAGUCAAACUUGAAACGCGUAUCCUUAGAAUUGGGCGGAAAAAGUCCUCUUUUAGUUUUUGAUGAUGUUGAUGUGGACGAAGCUGUUAGUAUUGCUCACGAUGCCUUGUUUUCCAAUAUGGGACAAAGCUGUUGUGCAGGUUCUAGAACGUUUGUGCAGGAAGGAAUCUAUGACAAAUUCGUUGAGAAGGCAGCGAAAAUGGCAUCUGAAAAAAAAGUGGGUGACCAAUUUGAUAGCAGUACACAAAUUGGACCAUUGGUGGACGAAGAACAGUUCAACAAAGUGCUAGGUAUGAUUGAGUCUGGCAAAAAAGAAGGGGCCAAAGUAGAAACAGGUGGCUCUAAAGUAGGAGAUACUGGAUAUUUUGUAUAUCCGACUGUGUUUUCUAAUGUCACUGAUGAAAUGAAAAUUGCCAGAGAAGAAAUAUUUGGACCUGUACAACAGAUUAUUAAAUUCAAAACUCUCGAUGAAGCAAUUGAGCGUGCUAACAAAACGAAUUAUGGUUUAGCUGCUGGAAUAUUGUCUAAGAAUAUAAACACUGUAUUAAAGUAUAUAGAAAGUGUAGAUGCGGGAUCUGUUUGGGUGAACUGUUAUGAUGCUGUCAAUGCUCAAACGCCCUUUGGAGGAUUUAAACAGUCAGGACACGGCAGAGAAUUGGGAGAGGAUGGCUUGAAGGAGUAUCUUGAAAUAAAAACUAUUUCAAUAAAGAAACAAUUCUAAAAUAUAAACAAAAAAAAUUUAUGUUUACCAUUAAAGAUUAUAACUAUGUCUAUAAAAUUAUUAUUUUUUAA